AUGUCUUCGCCUUCGACUGAGACCGUCCGCAACUACACUAACGAUGAUGGGAAUGGGUUUCUACCACGUUCGGCCAGCUAUGCAGACCUCCCCCGUGUCUUGCCUGCCACAGAACCCGGCCCUGCGAACCUAAGAAGGACAUUCUCUGACUAUGCCGUCCCCACCCUGUCGGAUUCGCCGACGAAGGAAAGCGUGGCGGCGGGGAAAGAUAUCUUACGCCGGACGUCUUUGCGCUCCAAGAAUCGGCCGGAGAUGGCCGUCUCACACUUCACGCUAUCAUCAUCGGAGGAAGUGAACAAGACUGGUACAGAUUUGCAGGACCAUGCCGACAAGACGCCGCGAACAAGGGCACCAGAACCUGUGGCGCGACCAUCAAAAGGUCGAUCAAUGUCAGGGCGGAUAGUGAGCCUGGCCCGGAAACCAUGGGGCUCGUCGUCACGUUCUCCAUCUCCGUCGUCGAAGCGAGCCAAGCAGCACCAGAGCCGCGGAGACGAGCAGUCUUCAAUUAGCUCGCGCUCCCAGGCCAAGAAAACUGCCACAGCGACGCACACAGUGCCAGACUCGGAAUCUGUCCAGCCCUCGCGGAAGCGUACGAUCUUAUACAAACGGCCAAGGCGCCCAAUGCUGGCUGUGGUUGCCAAGGACCUUGAAGAUAACCCGGAAUCGCCGAGCAGCCCAACUGGCCGCACGUUACGGCAACAUUCGUCACUGGAGAAGUUUACCUCGUCCUUGUCGGUCUCCACGCCAGUUCUACCGCCGAUGCCGAAGGGAGCCGCGGCCACAGCUGCUGCGGCGCUUUCACAUAGUGUCGGUGAUUAUUCUCGUCGGAAGGAUGAACUCUGGGGUGUUUUUCGCGGUCUCGAGGCGGAUUAUCAAAAAUUUCAAUCCAAAUCAAGCUCUCUCAAAGCCAACGUUAUUCGUACCUCCCUGGUCCCUUUUCUCGGCCGCCACCAUCUCCAUGCAUCAUGCAAGGAUUUGAGACCCGAAGACUUGGAUCGCCGAGUAAAUAUUCUCAACAAGUGGUGGAUUGGAAUGCUCGAGAUGCUCAAUGGCAAAAAUAACCAAUCCAUCUCUGGAACAGACAGGCCGGUGUUCCUGGAGGCCGUGGUUGGUAUUAUGGCACGCCCGGAAUGGCGGAUACCUUUCGCUACUGCACAAAAUAACAGUGGACCACCAGACUCGUUGAAAUAUGCGUCGACAUCGGUCUCGGAAUCGUCCGAAGCCUCAGGUUCGUCGGGAUCGGACUUUCUGGUUGAGUCGAUCCACCAUAAUAUUCGGAAUAUCUUCAUUCAAAAUCUUCUUUCCCAGAUGUCGUUUGUGGUGGAACGAAUGUCCAUGCGCCAUGCACCCGCCAGCCUGGUAGCAUUCUGUGGAAAAGCCUGUGCUUACGCAUUCUUCUUUUGCCCUGGAGUAGCAGAUAUCUUGGUUCGGCUGUGGAGCACGCCUCCCAACACGUUCCGUCGUGUCCUGGCGCAGUUAUCUGAGUCCCGAAGCGGUAAUGCACGAGCAUACACCCAAGAGCUUUCUUUAUACUUUCCGGUGGCGCUGCGUUCCCUCGCCUUCCACUCCUAUGGGCCUCUUCUACGGUACCUUCGCCAGAAACCUGAUAUGCCUUUGAACACCACAAACAUUCCCUGGCAGUCCCCAUGGGUGACGCGUUGGUGCGGACGCGAUACGGACCUGUUCUUCGUCUUCGUGAAAUACAUUCAUAUCCUCUACGCAGAGUAUCUACCCCCCGAGACCCAAAAAGCUAACCGAAUUUUGGCGCCGGGUCUGCUGCUCGUCCAUGCCCAGCUUUUGGUCGUCCUGGAGGAGACCAUUUACAAACAGUCCGCCCAACAACCUGAAAAUCCCCAUGUCGCAGCCGCCAUCACUUUCGAUGAUUUUAUUGAAGCACCAGAUGCCUCAGCCACUUCGCAUCCCCUUGGAGGAGGCAACAGUCAUCGGUCCAUGGCGGAAAAUCGGUUGAUCAUCCUUCUGCGGGAUUUCCUCUCCGAGUCGUCUGCUGAACCAAAUCGUGCCCGAUUGUUGUACGCCGAAUCCUUCUGUGCAAUACUCAAAGCUUCCGCCCAGAAAACUUCCCUGUUCGACCACAACGCGUGCUUUUUGCUGUGUGACUUUAUCGAGGAGGUCAUUCCGAUUAUCACCCGGUACGCUCAGUCCAUCGAACGGGAAUUGUUUGACUGGGGCUUUUGGCUGGAUGUCGCGAAGCAGAUGCUGCAGAGCCACAACUCGCUCACCGAGGUCCGGGUUUUCUCUUUCCUUUAUUGCGCUUGGGGUAUCUGGACUGCCACCGAGCUGAGGAAAGCUGGUCUCAUCCUGGAUUUCCUGCUCCAGGAGCCACUUUUCUACCAUUAUUUCAAUCACUGGAGCCCAAUGGUUCGCGCAUACUUUCACCGUCUGUUGUGUUGGAGAGUGGGUCGGUUCAGUGGCGAUCCCACACCACUGGAUUCUAUGAUCUAUGAGACCCUCUCCGAUCGACUCUUGCGCGUCUGGGAAUACUAUAUUGGAUACCAAUCUAAGGCUGAAGAGGGACUUACAGCUCCUCUGUCCUCCGCUCCCUGUACGCCGGCUCCCGGUCGAAGAAUCAUCAUCAUCCGAUGCGAUAAUCAUGUCUCUCCGGUGAACCUGUUUGUCUCUUUCGACCGCGUUGUCCCACCUGUUCCUCAGGACCAACUUAGAUCUCACCGGAGAACUGGAUCAGCCGAUUCCAGUAGUUCGGAGGGCAGCAUUGGCAAACGUCGAUGGGGUCUUCUUCGAUCCAUGUUCAGCAGUUCUUCGAACUCCCGAUCUGGUGAUGACGCAGCCAACAGCAGCUCCGAUGAGUCUGAGAGCGGUUUGAGCGAAAUAACGAUGACUUCUGAUACAAAGUGCCUUGAUCAGCAUGAGCCCACCCCAAGCAACAGCACCGAAGAGCUUGUUCGGCCGGAGUUGCCACACCAGCCGUUCUUCUUCAAGUUUUCAUUGGAAUGGAUGGAUCGACCCCAAUGGCCGAGCAAAAACAAGCGUCUCUUUGCUCCAUGCCUGCCAGUGGGAUCCCAGCUGCACGUCCAACGUCAACGAUCUCCCGCAAAACCAUCGGACGACGACACCAUAUCAGAAGAUACUACAAUUUCUUCAGAAGACGGCCACGAAACCCCGGGAAACACCAUAGACCCACUCCAGACACCUCGCCUCGACCAAGGGCCCAAGACACCCAGAACCCCUACAAACAAAAACUCGCCGCUGCCCCAACUUCCUCCCCUCCCCUCUUACGACCAUCUCGUGCCCAGCAAAUAUGCGGGUCGCGCUUUGGCGGAGUGGGCCCACAUUGUCUCGGAAUGCGAUAGUUUCUUCGCCCGGCGCCGCGACGAAGGCGUGCCCACGGACCGCAUGGUGGAAACUCCAACAUUGGGCGUGGAAAACUUCCGGAAAUAG